AUGGGCUCCGAGAUGGAUACCUUUGCGGCCCGCCUGGCCAGUUUUGACAUAGUUUUGAAGCCGGAGAAGCGCCGAUCUUCUGGCACCAAAACACAAAAGGCCAUCACAUGGCCGCACCAGCGGCCUUCGCCAGCUGAGUUGGCGCACGCCGGAUUCUACUACAAACCCUAUGAGACGAAUCCCGAUAACACAACAUGUUUCGAGUGCCACAGGGCGCUGGAUGGCUGGGAGGAAGAAGACAAUCCUGUCACAGAACAUCUCAAGCACGCACCUGAUUGCGGAUGGGCUAUUAUGAUGGACAUCCACCAAAACAGCUCGAACCCCGCCUCGAUCGAAGAUCCAACAAGCGAUCGCAUUACGCAGGCACGACUCUCAACAUUUGGAUCCGCAUGGCCUCAUGAUGGUAAGCGAGGCUGGGUAUGCCAGUCAGAGAAGAUGGUUGAAGCAGGGUGGUACUUCUGCCCAACCGAUGAAAGCAACGAUCUGGCCAGUUGCGUUUACUGCAAGCUGUCUUUGGACGGCUGGGAGCCCAAGGAUGAUCCAUUUGACGAGCACUACCGCCGCUCCUCGGACUGUUCCUUCUUUGUUUUUGCCCAGCCCCCAGGCAAAAAGGGCAAGGGCUCCAAAGCUAAGAAAUCUCGAGUCUCCAAGGCCUCCUCUCGACUAUCCACGCAAUCUAUAACAUCGGAAGCCCCCGAAACGGAUAUGGAUGACUCAAUGGACCAGAGCAUAUUGUCUCAGGCCACCACUAAGUCAAAGUCCACAAAGAAAGCGACCAAAGCCAAGACAAAGGCUGCCAAGAGCAAACAAGAGCCGGCAGAGACAGAGGACCAAGAUGGGAUCGACGCCGAAGAAAUUGCACGGCCGGAGCCUUCUAAGCCCAAACGUGGUGUCAAGGGAAAGAAGCGAACGAGUGAAGACAUCAAGGAUGAGCCGAAGCUUAUCUCCCAAGGGGUGGAAGAAGCCGAGCAGCCACCUUCGGAGCCUCCUGCGAAGAGACGAGCAACGAAGACACGAAGCAGCAGCGUUGCUCGGAAGUAUGACUACGAACACAGCGAUUCUAUCAUGGCGGAUGCAGAGCCCGCGGGCGAUAUGCCUUCUGAUGAUGAGCCAAAGCGGGGCCGAAAACCUGCCAAAAAGGCCUCGAAGUCUCGCAAGGCAUCCAAUGUGUCUGCUUCGUCCAAGACACAAACAGUGCCCGAGGGGCCGCAUGACUCGGAGAUUGAUGCACAGAUUGAAGCAGGCCUAGAAGAAGACAUCCCCGAGCCAGUCGAGGAGGAGUCUAAGCAGCCAAAGACAUCAAAGAAGACUAAGUCAAACAAAAAGUCCAAAGCUGCCUCUGAGUCACCUGAGCCGGCUGUACAGCAAGAAGCAGAGGUCCCCGAGGAAGAGGAGGCGCCCGCAAGCGCUGAGGAUGUGGAGGCCGUUGAUGUUGAACCUGAAGUGCCCGAGCCGCCAGCUCCAAAGGCCAAAUCAUCAAAGAUAUCCAAAAAGAAGAGCUCUAAAAAUCCCAAAGCUCAAGAGGCUGUUAAAGCACAAUCAUCAGAGCCUCGUCAUUCGCCCGAGACCAAGCUCGAAGAGGAUCAACGCAGGUCUAGCCACCAUGAAUCUUUUGUCGCUGUUGAGAUCAUCAGCAAGAAUCCCGAGCCCGAACCCGAGUCCGUUCCCGAAGAGCCGGUAGUCAAGGCCGAGAAGAAGAGUUCCAAGAAGAAGGAAGCCUCGGCCAAGGAGAAGAAACCUAAGAAAUCAGAAAAGAAGGCAGAGCAGGCACCACCACCUCCUCAAUCUCCAGUGGAGGAGCCCCACGAUAUCGAGCCUCCGGCCAAUGGAACGGAUGAUGAGUUUGACGAUGCGGAUGACUUACCGGACGAGCUUGAACUAGUCAACCCGCCUCAACGACACUCUCCUGCUCCCAAAGAACCUUCUCAUGAACCACCGUCCUCGCAUCGCAAGAGGUCCAGCUUGCCUCCCAAGACCGCAAAGCGAUAUAGCGAUAUUCCCCAAGAAGAACAUCUUGCGGAAACCUUUGUCAACCAAAGCUCCCCUCAGGAAGCUCGAGAGCCACGAAGAACCUCCAAACGAUCCAACCAGGCAAUCUCUCCGCCCCCACAAGAAAGCACACCAUCACCCUCACCCCAAUCUUCAGAUGCUGAAAACCGACCUCCCUCGUCGCGACCUUCUUCGGCCCGGCCUCCAGUUCAAUCAACCCCAAAACACCCUGAAUUCCAUCCAACUCUCACGGCGAGCACCCCAUCGCCAUCCAAGCGCAACCCCAAUGCUGGGUUCGGGCCUUCAGGCCACCCGUGGACUCCAGUUGAUAUCGAUGAAGCGCUCUUUGGAGAGGCCAGCGAUAAGGAGAAUGCCGAUCUCUCUAGUCUGUUCAAGGGUGUGAAAGGCGGAUUGACCAGCCCCGAAAAGAAGAUGACCGUUCAAGAAUGGAUCACAUGGAAUGCGAAGAACAGCGAAGACCGACUGAAGAGAGAAUGUGAACGACUUGUCGGUCAGUUCGAGAAAGAAGGUGCCAGAGCAUUGCGGCGGAUCGAAGCAAUUGAAUGCAUCGACUAA